AUGGGUGUUGUCAGGGUGACUAGUGGUCCCACUGUCAUAGUGAGGAAACCACUUGCAGCUAAAGGCGGGAGAGCAAGAAGAGGUAGUAGUGGCAGUGAGGAUGACGAUUAUGGAGUCAGAAAAGGGAAAGAUGAUAGGGUUUAUGACAGUGAUGAUUCAGAUAAUGAAAUAACUGAUGAUUUAGUGGGUGAUAAGAGGAAAGUGUUUGAGUUCCUCAACACAAGCAACAUGAACGAGCUGUCACUACUGAGUGGUUGCUCACAGAAGAAAGCUGAGGCUAUUAUUGCCCUAAGGCCAUUUAAGGGCUGGUUAGAUAUGGUGGAAAAAUUCAACAGUAGCAAAGCGCUUAGCACAGAAUUAUUGAAUUCAACACAAGAGUUAUUAAGUACAAGGAAUAAUAUUCAGCGGUUGAUGAAAAAGUGUGUGGGUCUAGCCCAACAGUUGGAAGCGGCAGUUGCAGCUGGAGCUGGUAGGCUCAAGCAACCAAGCACAUUGGAUCCAAGUUUGAAGCUGGCUCCGUAUCAGUUGGUAGGCCUCAACUGGCUAGCCGUUCUACAUAAACAGGGUGUAUCUGGUAUACUUGCUGAUGAAAUGGGUCUCGGGAAGACUGUGCAAGUUAUCGCCUUUCUGGCGCAUCUCAAGGAGACCGGCCAGGCUAAAGGCACACAUUUGAUUGUUGUACCAGCUUCUACCUUAGAUAAUUGGAGUGGUGAGCUAGAACGCUGGUGUCCGUCACUUCGCGUUAGCAAAUACUAUGGACAUCCUGAGGAGAGACGACAGCUGCGAGUAGAGUAUGCACGAGGAUUAGACUCCAUUGAUGUCGUCCUUACUACUUACACAAUGGUGAGCAGUUGCCCAGAAGAACGUAAGAUGUUCCGCAUAACACCAAUGCACUAUGUUAUUUACGACGAAGCGCAUAUGCUGAAGAAUAUGUCUACCCAACGAUAUGAUAACUUACUGAAAAUUAAGUCCAAACACAGAUUGCUGCUGACAGGGACGCCGUUACAAAACAAUCUUUUGGAGCUUAUGUCACUACUCUGUUUCGUGAUGCCCCAUAUGUUCUCAGGAAAGACUGAUGAUCUCAAGAGUUUGUUCCAGAAAAAUUCGAAAGUAAAAGCAACAAAGAAAACUAACGGCACUAACGAUAGUGUGGAAGAUGAAGUACCAGCAUUUGAACAAAGUCAGAUAACACAAGCAAAGAGGAUCAUGAAGCCCUUCGUACUACGGAGGCUAAAGCGGGAUGUCCUUCAAGACUUACCCAAGAAAACUAAUCACACAGAACUCUGCUCUAUGUCGGAGCGACAGCAGAACUUAUAUAAAAACUUAAUUGCAGGCUUCUCUGCUAAAGAUGGGACGAUACACGCCACCACAGAACAGAGCGGUAUAUCCAUGAUGAUGGACAUGCGUAAACUGGCAAAUCAUCCACUACUACUGCGGUACCAUUAUGAUGAGGCCACAGUCAAGAAGAUAGCCUCGCAGCUAGUAAAGGAAUCUGGUUACAAGGAGAAAAAUGAACAGUACGCGUUUGAGGACCUUUUGUGCUUGUCUGAUUUCCAGAUACAUAAGCUAACGUUAGAGUAUCCUAGUAUAAGGUCGUAUUCCUUGCCUGAUAACUUGAUACUGGACUCAGGCAAGUUCCAAAAGCUGGAUGAGAUGCUGCCGCGUCUGCAGGCGGAUGGGCAUCGAGUGUUGGUGUUCAGCCAGUUCACCAUGAUGCUGGACAUCCUCGAGCCCUAUCUCGCGAUACGUCGCUACCGCUUCCUGCGUCUAGACGGUAGCACCGCUGUGACAGACAGGCAAGAUUUGAUAGACCAAUACAACACAGAAGAUAUAUUUGUGUUCCUACUGUCCACUCGCGCCGGAGGGCUGGGUAUUAACCUCACGGCUGCCGAUACAGUAAUUAUACAUGACAUUGACUUCAACCCGUAUAAUGACAAACAGGCGGAGGAUAGAUGUCACAGAAUGGGUCAAACAAGACCAGUAACAAUAUACCGGUUACUAAGUUCUGGAACAAUAGAAGAGGGUAUUUACCAGGUGGCACAGGAAAAACUUAAUUUGGAAAAACAUGUCACUGGCGCCGAUGAAAAUGAGGCGACAGAACAGAAGAAUGUAGUGAGGCUUCUGUCAGCGGCGCUUGGGCUCACUUCCCCCAACAAAUGA